GACAUGUAGAUCCACGCCCAAUUCGGCCUAUGCCACCAACUUCUUACCUAUCUCGCUCCUAUCCAACCUGACGCGUCUCAGGCCUUCAUCCCUUCUCCCCUUUUCAACAUUCUCGUAUCGCGUCGCAGCCAUGAUAAGCUCAGAUCCGGACUCACCAGAGAUACCGCCAUAGCCGGUAGCGUUGAUGACAUCCUGGGCACGCACCACUCGAUACUCCAUGACUGGCAACCCGCGCGUAUAGUGAACGCCAUCUCCGACAUAUUUCCACGUUACGAUGCACUCCUUGAUGCGACAUCUCAAGGGAGGCAACGACGAACCAGAACAAGAACAGCAAGCACCUGACCCGCCUGUCAAGAGAAGUCGAGCAACGGUCAAGCCUCCGCCGAAAGAUCCAAACAUACCAAGGAAGCGCCUGCAAAUCAACAAGAAAUGCCUCUAUGAGCGCCGGUUACCUGGGAACGCGUACAUCUCCGCCCAUGUGAAUCGACUGCAACAUGGCUACUACAAGUCCAACGAACUCCAUCAACCCGUCAUCAACAACCUCUUCUUCGUGUCGGUACACUUUGUCUUCCAUCCCCAUGACCCAGAGUCGCACCGUUUCAAGAGCGCCGAAAUUGAAGUUACCGUUCAUGGCGACGACGGUGACCCCAACACACCCCGGAAGCCAGGCGCAUCGCAUCCGCGCAUCCUGAAGCAUGCACCAGAGCUGAUGUUCGGAUCCGUGUCGCCAGAGAACCUGCAGUGGAAUUUCAGCUUAUCGAGCUCGCUGGGCGUAUCUCAGGCCCCUGUUUCUGCUUCGCUGAACCCGAAAGCAGCUAUGAAGAGCAGCUACAAGGUCUUCCACAUGAUGAGCAUCCAAGGUUCAGUACGAUCAAAGCGAAGCCCACAUGGAUCAGAGUACGAUGUUGAAGACGCCAAGGCCGUUUGGACGCUCACGGAGAACAUGCUUCAGAAAUCAGGUCUACCGCGCGAAUUUGACUUUGUCCUGCUUGUACAGAAGCCGGAAGAUGUCGAGAACAUAUACAUGUCGGUCGAUCUGAACGCGGAUGUCGGAGCCUGGUACGGCACAUAUCCUCAGUGGUACACCAACCUUUCCAAGUAUAUGCCGAAUCAAGAUUGUAUGCUCAGUUUUGAACAUGACAUUGGGCAAAGGUUCCUUCCAAGUCGGCCAGGGCAUGGGUUCAACUUCGCCAAACUGAUGCAUACCCUGGAUGAAUAUGUCAUGAUGCCGGGAACUGUGUAUCCAACACGCGGUACACGGCAAGGGGAGGUCAACAACCCGAAUCUGAUAGAGUAUCAAGAGGCCGACGAGAGCAGAGCCAUUGAAGCUGCUCCGUCCCCACCCCAACCUAAGCAGCCAGCUACGCCUCCGGAUAAGAGUAAGUCGUCCAGAGGAGAUUCUUCUUCACACCAUCGGCGUAGCUCGGUGCCCGAGAACGUGAACAUUCGCGUCGUGCUGGAACAUCAGUAUCCGCAAGGUCUUGAUCCGCGACGCUUUUCGUACUCGCCCUUGAACAAUUUGGAGCCCGUGCGGUAUCCGUCAAUACGGCGCAGAAAGUCACGGACGGGAUUGAAGGAAUACGGUGCGAAGCAAGCCUUGCAUGAGCUUGCCCAAGAUGAAUCAGAAGACAAGGGCGAUAGAUCAAGUGGCGGUGAUAGACUUAGCGGGUAUACAGUGAGGUGAUCGUCAGCAUCUAACGGCGUAGAGUAGUUUAUUCCUACCAACUACAAGCAAAGUACCCGCGUGAGAGCCUAAUAAGACCCGAACUGUGGCGCUGCAAUAUAAAACAGGCAGACGACCACCUUAUCAUUACUCGCGUGAGAACAUGCAGUUCCCAAGACUCGGCUACUUAAGAUCGUCACCAUUAGCGCAAUUUGUGACAGGUUCGUGAAAUGACAGCACACCCCCAUCCAUCAAUCACGCACACCACCUCCUGCACCAGGCAAGCCUCCGUACCUCUCCCCCCAAAUUUCAUCUCCACCUCUCUCCACCAGCUGAGGUAAGCCUCAUCUCCCCUACCGCGCAAUGCCAGUCGUGAAGCUCGCAGGCAAACGCACCACGCCGCCUGAUUGGAUCCUUCCAACAUCCGUCCGGC